UGCGCGUCACGAUGCGCAAAGCGGUAUAUAGUAAUCUUUAAAAUGUGUCGGAAGAUUUCACUAGUCUGUCGGAUGGUGUUGUUGUAACAACUAUUACUAUUUAUCAUUAUAAAAUUUAUAAUACAUUUAGUUCAAAAAUGGUUAAAGUGGACGUAAAAUACACAAAGUUGUUUAUCAACAAUGAAUGGGUGGACGCCGUAAGUAAGAAGACUUUCCCCACCAUAAACCCUCAAAAUGAAACUGUCAUCGUGCAAGUCGCUGAAGCCGAUAAGGCAGACGUCGAUUUAGCGGUAGCGGCAGCUAAAAAAGCGUUCCACCGAUAUUCAGAAUGGCGGACCAUGGACGCGUCGCAGCGAGGACUUCUCAUGUUAAAACUUGCCGAUCUCAUGGAGUCGCAGGCGAGAUACUUGGCGGAGCUCGAAACACUGGACUGCGGGAAGCCAGUCAAGGUGGCAGAAGGGGAAGUAUACUUCGCGGCCAGCGUACUCAGAUACUACGCAGGAAAAGCUGAUAAGAUUUUAGGAAACACAAUUCCGGCAGACGGCGAAGUGCUAUCAAUGACCCUCAAGGAACCAGUAGGCGUGUGCGGACAGAUCAUACCAUGGAACUAUCCUAUACCUAUGAUGUUGUGGAAAAUAUCCCCAGCGCUAGCCGCAGGUUGUACUAUAGUGUUGAAGCCAGCAGAACAAACGCCCCUCACCGCUCUAGCAGUGGCAGCGUUGAUCAAGGAAGCCGGUUUUCCGCCAGGAGUUGUGAAUGUACUGCCAGGAUACGGGCCCACAGCUGGUGCGGCGAUAACGCAUCAUCCAGACGUCGAUAAAGUCGCCUUCACUGGCUCCACUGAGGUAGGUAGAAUGAUAAUGGGAGCUGCUUCGGUUGCAAACUUAAAGCGAGUGACAUUAGAACUCGGCGGCAAGAGCCCGCUGGUCGUGUUCAACGAUGCUGAUGUGGAGAAGGCUGCGCAGAUAGCGCACGCAGCGGCGUUCGAGAACGCGGGUCAGUGCUGCUGCGCCGGCACGCGCACCUACGUGCAGGCCGGCAUAUACGACCAGUUCGUUUCCAAAGCCGCAGAUAUUGCCAAACAGAGGUCCGUUGGCAACCCCUUCGAUGACGUGCAGCAAGGCCCACAGAUUGAUAAGGAAAUGUACACGAAGGUACUAGACUACAUAAAGGCGGGUAAAGAGAGUGGCGCGCGCUGCGUCGCUGGCGGGGACAGGGCCGCCGACGUCGGCUAUUAUGUACAGCCUACGGUCUUUGCUGAUGUGCAGGAUGACAUGAAAAUUGCAAGGGAAGAAAUAUUCGGUCCGGUGCAAAGUAUUUUCAAGUUCGAGACGUUUGACGAGGCAGUGGACCGCGCCAACGACACCAACUACGGCCUCGGCGCCGGCGUCAUCACCAACGACAUCACCACCGCCAUGGCCUUCGCCCGCCACGUGCGCGCCGGCUCUGUGUGGUGA